AAUAUCGGUGUUGGAAAAAUUUUAACAGUGGCAAUUUGGAACUCUAAGUCGGUAGCAUCAACUCAUAUUUACAAUACAAAAACUUAAAUUCAAAAAGGUUCGACAGCAUGAAGAUCAUCUUAUUUGCUUUCGUAGCACUGUUGGCUACUGCCAACGCUCGGCCGCAAGAAGUCGAGCUUACAGACUUAGUCUUGGAAGUGAUUGUCAACGAGAUCGUCGAAUCUAUCUCUCAGCAGAUAAAGCAAGCCGGACUUGACCCAUUCAUCAUUGAAGAAGCCGAAGUAGAAUACAAUCAUGACGGUAUCUUCUACAUCACCAGUCGCGUCGACAACUUUGUCUUAUCUGGCCUUAGUAACAUUGUCGUCAACUCCGUCAGCUUCUCAGACGAUGAUAUCGAUAAAUUGGAAUUGUCUCUGCCAAGAACGGUUCUCAGUGUGGAUAAAUUCUUUAGUGAAGUUACUAUUGGCAGCAGAAACAUUAAAAUUGAAUUUAGUGGAAGCAUAGCUUUGGUCGACUUUCGCUGCCAGACCGUUCUUGAUGAUCCGGAGGCCUCAUGCCAAAUCGGAGGAGUUGAAGCCGACUUUAAGUCCUUCGUUAUCCAAGGCCAUGACGUCACUGACAGUGUUAACAGCUUCUUCGAAAAAACCCUGCCGAAAUUACUCAUCUAACAGGAGGAAGAAAUCAAUCGUUUCUUCGAGAGAGUGAUCAUCCGGCAUGUCGACGACCUAGGCUAAAACAUUUUUUAUUGAUACCUUGUUGUCCUAAUAAAAGUUUCAUCUUAAAUAUUCUUGAAUAAACAUGUCAAACAAUA